AUUUGGGCCUCGGAAUUUUCAGUUUCCCUCAUCGGCUCGAACCUGCACUAGUCAUUUGGAGUAUCGUUCUUUGUCCGACAGAGUCCAGAAAAAUUCGAAAUGUUGCGUCAUGACGACGUGAACACGCUCCGUUCCGGAGCUGGUGACAACGUCAGCAAGUCGGAGAAGAAAAAGAACAAAAACAAGAAAUCAAAGGAUAGGCCAGAGUCGGUGGCCGGUGCUGACUGGACGUGGAAAGAGCAGGUGGAUCUGGUCAAGUUAACCAAAUCACCCAUUCAGGCUUCUCUGUUGCAGCUCGAUUCCAACGAGCUCAACAAACUGGCCCUGGAAGGUUUCCUUUCCAUCAUGAAGUAUAUGGGCGACUACCCGAUGGCCAAAGGGCAGUCAGAAGUUGACAGUGUGUACACUAUUCUAAUGAAUUGCCACAAGCAUGAAGCGCUGCGUGAUGAGACCUACUGUCAGGUCAUGAAACAGACGACCAAUAACAAGUCUUCACGCCCAGAUUCUUGUCAGCGCGGCUGGAGGCUCUUCUCCAUCACGGCUGCUUAUUUUAGUUGUUCUGAAGUAUUGAAACCGUACUUGUUCAAGUACCAUGAGACAGCAGCCUACGAUAAACGACGAGCUUAUCACGGAACGGCUAUGGUUUGUCUGCAGAAUUUGCGCAAAACUCUGCGAUACGGUGGGCGUAAGAACGUGCCCAGCAUCGAAGAGAUCACGGCCAUCACGGCUGGCCGAAAUUCCAAACGUCAAAUGUAUCGACUUCCAGGUGGUACGGAGCGAGUAAUCAACACCAAAUCCACGUCGGUCGUCCAGGACAUAAUCGAAGAGAUUUGUGGUGUGAUCAACGUUCGAUCCGAACAAGAAAUGGAAGAAUAUUCACUGUAUUGCAUCGUGGAAGGUGAUACGUUCACUAUGCCCCUUGCUCGCGAAGAAUACAUCCUCGACGUCACAACCGAGUUGCAGAAGAAUCAACAGGUUUACUACCUGAUCUUCUGCCGUUCAGUCUGGCACUAUCCAAUGCGGCUGGAUAACGCUCUUUACAUUGAAAUCGUCUUCAAUCAAAUAGCACCUGAUUACCUGGAAGGAUUGUUGCUCGUCAUGCCUGGCGAGCAGAUUUCUCAAGAUUGCGUUUAUGACAUUGCAAAAGUUGCUGCUUUACUUCACCGUGCAUUUGAUUUAGACCACAUGCCUACCAUGAAAGAGACCAAAUAUCUAUUGCCGAAGCCGGCCCUCUCUGUUCGUGACAUCAAACCUCCACAAUGGGUUAAUCUGGUCCAGAGCUCUUGGAAAGAAGUCGAACAUUUUAAACCGUCUCAGGCCAAAGCUCAAGUUUUAGAGGUGUUAGAAAAGUGGUCCCUUUUUGGUUCGAGUUUCUUCGCCGUCCGGCGCGACGCAGAUCCGGCUGAACGAUCUGAACAUAUUUUAGCGCUCAACCGGAACGGCGUUCACUUUCUUGAUGUCAUUACUCACGAGACUUUGAUGCACUAUCCUUAUUCCGAGGUGAUAUCUACUCGCAAAGUCAAAUCGGAAGAAGGCCCCCUUUUCCUGGACAUGAAAUGUGGAAAUUUGAUGCAGCAGCGCGUGACCCGCAUUCAAACAGAUCAGGCCCAUGAGAUAUCUCGCCUGAUCCGUCAAUAUAUCACCAUUCAACAACGCAUCCAGCAGCAGAGCGUUAAAGAAGAGAGUAAUCUCGCUUCACGCUGAUGAUCCAAUCGCUUUUAAAAUUACUGUUUGCCGUGGUAUAUAAAGACAAAAUCGCAAAUAAAAUUUAAAAAAAAAGUUAAAAUAAAUAAACAAUGAAAGAAAAAUUAUUCUUUCAACAUAGCCCAUUUUUAAAACAUUUCUAUGCUCCUAUUGGCCAUUGUGUAAUUUCUCUGUAAGAUUGGGACUAAUAUACCAUUUGUAAUAGUUAA